UUAACAAAAAUGAGUGUAAAUAAAAAAAUGCAUCCAAGAAAUAUAUUCAAAACACCUCCAUCAUUUAGUGAAUUAGGACAUAAAUAUUUAGAAUUUAAUAAAUAUUUAAAAAUUGGACUAGAUGGGAAAUUAUCAUUAAAUUUUAAUGAUGUUGAAGCAUUACGCGCUCUAUCGAAGGUAUUAUUGUUGCACUAUUUUGGUAUUAAUAUUGAAAUUCCAAAGAAUACUUUAGUGCCCACAAUUCCAUUACGUUUAAAUUAUAUAUUAUGGUUACAAGAUUUGGCGAAUUUUCUUCAAAUACCAGCAGAUGAAAAUGUGACGCUAAUUGACGUAGGAGCAGGUGCAACUUGCGUUUAUGGUUUAUUGGCAGCGAAAUUAAGAAAAUGGAAAGUACUGGCACUUGAAUCGAAUACUGAAAGUUACUUGGUGGCUAAACGGAAUGUAGAAACAAAUUCACUGGCAAAUUAUAUUGAAGUGAAAAACAAUGGUAACGAUGAGAAGAAUAUAUUAAUUGGAUCAUUACAUUCAAUGGAAAAUUAUACAUUUACAAUGUGUAAUCCACCAUUUUUUAAAGAAAAUGACGAAUCUAAUGAAAAAACACCGAAAAUAAAAGCACAGCCUCCAAAAAAUGCAUUUACAGGCACGUUAAAUGAAUUAACGUAUCCUGGUGGAGAAGUAGCUUUCGUAGAGAAAUUAAUUGCUGAAAGUCAAAUUUUGAAAGAACAAGUUAUGAUAUAUACCACCAUGAUCGGACAUAAAAAGAACUUAAAAAUUCUACGAGAAAAAUUGAAAUCAUUAAAUAUACCAAGUUAUAUCCAGACAGAAUUUUGCCAAGGAAAUACAACUCGUUGGGCUCUAGCUUGGACAUUUAAAAAUAUAAAUUUACAGGAAUUUCAUCAAACCACAGAAACAGAAAUUAAUAAAAGGACAAAUCAUACAAAAAUACAGAGUUUUUCACAUUGUUUUGAAAAUAUUUCUUGUAUUCAAGAUUUACUGCAUCAACUAGAAAGAGUUUUGAAAGAGAUGAAAACAAUAUAUGAAAUAACAUAUACAAAUGAAAAUUUAACUGAAAUAAAAGUACAGGCGAUUGAAAACACAUGGCAGAAUGCUAGAAGAAAACGUCGAGAAUUAGCAAGAAAAGAACAAAUUUUAAAUCAAAAUAUAGAAACUACAUUAAAGCUGAUAAAUAAUUAUAUCGAAACUGAUUACAUCGAACAAAUUCGAAAUAUAAUUAAUCGAUUCGAAUUAAAAAUUGAAGAACGAACACCGGAAUUAAAUACAAACACGAUGGAAUUAAAAGAUAUUUUAAAU